AUGGAAGAGCUCCGGGGGUUCGCCGUGGAGGGCCUGGAGGACUUUGCCCCGUUUGUGCCAAGCGCCCACCAGCCCGGCUUGGGGGGCUCCAGGUUCUCCUUUGCCCACUGCCUCUCGCAGAACCCCAUGCUGGGACUCUACCCCGGAUCGUUCCCCGCUCCCGCGGACCUGCCCACCUACCCUCAAGAGAGCUUCAGGAGCGGGGUGGCCCACGGGGAGUGGUAUACCGCCAGCAGCCAAGAUGGGCCGUACUCUUCAGGUUCUGUGCGUCUGUCGCAGGUGGAAGACGAAGCGGCAACGAAAACCAAACCACGGCUGCUCCAAGCCACUGCCCGCAAAACACGCCGAGGAGCAGGGCUUGCUUGGGGAGGGCACGGCGUCAUCCCAGUCGUGGGGAACAGCCCGUACCAGCCGGCCCUGGAUUUUUUGGCUGCCCAAGUUUCCAGGUACGUGGGGACCCCGGGGUUCAGCGUGCCUGGAGCCGACUGCCUGGGCUACAUCAGCGAAAUGAUCAAAUCGCCCCCGUUCCUCGCAGGGAACUCCUCCAAACGGAAGCGGCGCGUGCUCUUCUCCCGGGCCCAGGUGCACGAGCUGGAGAAGAGGUUUCAGCUGCAGAAGUACCUGACUGCCUCGGAGCGCGAGCACCUGGCCACCGUCACCCACCUCACCCCGAACCAGGUGAAGAUCUGGUUCCAGAACCACCGCUACAAGAUGAAGAAGCAGGCCAAGCAGGACGCCAAGGCCAGCCUGGGGCAAGACGCCCCCCAGACCUGCGACAGCAGCAUCGCUUCCGACCCGGGCAGCUACGGCUUCGGCAGAUCUAUCCUUCAGAGCUUACCGACCAGCCCCAGCGCCGAUUCGCAGCCCGGCCUGAAAACCCCGGAAGGCGGUCCUGCGUUCGGCAAGCCGUGGUAG